GCCCAGAAAGAGGCCUUCAUGUAUUUAUUUGAAAGACUGUGAUGUAGUUCAUGGUACCAUCAUUAGCUAAUGCGAGAUUAUCUUGGAGGUCUCAGGGUGUCCUCGCCAAUGUCGUGAUAAUCUCCGGCCUUAUUUCCGGUUGCUGUCACCCGACAAGAUGGAAUCAUUCUUCAAAGUCAUUCAGGAGGGAUCUCUUACUGAGGUAGAGAAAGAAUUCAAGAACGUUGUUAACGUCGAUACUGUCUGCCACGGAGAAACAGCUCUACUACAAACUAUUAGGAGACAGGACUUCAGAUUCAUCGAGUUCAUUCUCAAUAAUGGCGCGUCCGUGACCAAACAACCAGGUACGGAUAUUUCUCCGCUGAAUCUGGCAGUGGAAAGCCGAACUAGAAACCUCGAGAUCAUAGAGUUGCUUCUCCUUCAUGGUGCAGAUGUGUUCGAAGAGGAUGAUUACGGCGACACGAUCCUCAUGAAUGCGGUGUUUCGCCGAGAUUACGAAGUGGUGAUGUUGUUUUUGAACUCUGUCUCUGGCGAAGGACAUGGGGAAUCGUGUUUAGCCGCAUCUUGCUGCAUUGUUUCCAGAGUGCACAUCGAAGAGAUCUUGAAACGAGGGGUAUCUCCAAAUAACUCUGAAAUGUCGCCAUUGAUAUUUUCGUGUCUCCUUGGAGACGAGGCAAUGGUCAGUAUGUUGUUAGAUUACGGUGCAGACGUCAAUAUUGAAGAUCCCAGAGGAGGGACGCCAUUAUCUAACGCCAUCAGCGCGGGAAAUCAAUCUAAUUUGAUAAAACUUUUGGUAACCCAUGGAGCAGAUGUGAAUCACAUGACGACUGGUUUCGAUGACCCUGGUGUGGAAGUGACGCCUCUUAUGGAAGCGGCCCGCAUGCGUGAUCUGCCGAAUAUCCGAGAACUUCUGAGACUCGGUGCAGAUGUCAACAUAAAAAACAACCAACGCCGGACUGCAUUGCAUUAUUGUUCCGGAUGGGAGACAUAUUGCCCUGUCAUAAAGUCUUCUUUGAAAAGAGUAACACUCGCGGGAGGAAUCUAUGGAACUAACCGGUCUACAUAUCGGAUUGUGAAAACUCUUGUCGAUUACGGAGCUGACGUCUCCAUCAAAGAUAGUGACGAUCGAACCCCGUUAGAUGUGAAUCUAAAGACACUUCAUUCGAUGUUCGUUCAAACAGAAGGCCGGUUGAAAGCUUCUACUAAGCUACUGCCCAUUUACUUGUCCAUCUGCUGUAGUCUGCUCAAGGCCAGCGCAGCAUCAUGCGAGAACUCACGAGAAGUGUUCAAUAGCUUUUUGGAUGCUUUCCUGUCCUGUGAUCAUCUGGACGAUAUCCCAUCAGCAGAACGAUUAGUGGACAUCGUCAAUUUGGCUUUUAUGUGUGGUUUGAACUUGUCUGUGGGAAACAAAAGACCCACAGUGGAAUUAAAGCACCACGUCACCAGGAGGAAUGUUUUUGACUUCGUCGCGCAUCUUAGCAGGAACUGCUUAACGCUGAAGCAGCUAUGCCGAAUUCAGCUCCGGAAAAACACCCGUCGCACCCAAACUAGCGUCAGAGACAUGCAUGACAUUCCCCUGCCAACACUUUUAAAGGAAUAUCUUCUCUACGAGAAUGAUUCCUUGUUUCGUCCUGGUCAGCUGAUUCUACAAAACUCCCCGUCAACUUAGCUUUUGCACCAGCGUUGCGGCGUUUCGGAUGCCCAGGAUCACGUACAUGUAACACUAUAUGCACCUGCGAGUCUUAACAAUAUUUUCGUACUCCCUCCCCUUGUGUGCUAUACUUAUCCCAUCUGCGUACCUACGCUGAAAGAGACUGCUGUGUGUAGUCAACAGCAUAGAUGUUGUCGUGCUACAAAAUAAAACACAACAGAAUUGCUUUUGUACAAAU